AAUUUCACACGGACGGAUCUCUUAACGGAUUUUUUUCAGCACCUCGGUUAGUUCGACUCCGACCAUAUGGCACGAGCGCGGACAAAUAUGAGUUGUUUGCCAUUGUUUACCUAUUCCCUUGUGAGUUCUCAUUUUUGAGAAGGAGAUCCCUAGACUGAAUUCAACAUCAUUACAUGAGGUUUUGGGAAGAACUGGAAUUUCAACAUGAUGAUCACACGAUACAGACCGAGACCAGACACCAGCAUGUCCUUGGCAUUCUGCGGCAACGAAAAUAACACGGCCGCGUACAACGUAGAUGCCGGCGUCCUCAACAACGGCUGCUUCCUGGACGCCCUAACGUUGGUGCCGCACGUCUUCCUGCUCUUCAUCACCUUUCCCAUACUCUUCAUCGGAUGGGGAAGUCAGAGCUCCAAGGUGCACAUCCAUCACAGCACAUGGCUGCACUUUCCCGGACACAAUCUCCGCUGGAUCCUCACCUUCAUCCUUCUCUUUGUCAUCGUCUGUGAGAUAGCUGAAGGCAUCGUGUCUGAUGGGUUUAACCAGUCAGUUCACCUGCACCUCUAUAUGCCUUCUUGUUUGGCCUUCAUGGCUGCCAUCACAUCAAUAGUCUACUAUCACAACAUAGAGACCUCCAACUUCCCCAAACUACUGAUGAAUUUGCUCAUUUACUGGGUUCUGGCAUUUGUGACGAAAACAAUCAAGUUUGGCAAGUACACAGAGCAUGGCAUUGGCCUGAGACAGCUACGGUUUGGGAUCACAGGCUUACUGACCCUUCUGUAUGGCCUGCUUCUGGCUGUGGAGAUCAACGUCAUGCUGAGAAGGCGCUAUGUGUUUUUCGCUCAUGCCACUGAAGUCAAGCCCCCGGAGGACUUACAGGACCUGGGGGUGCGUUUCCUGCAGCCGUUUGUGAACCUGCUGUCUAAAAGCACAUACUGGUGGAUGAACACCUUCAUCACCUCAGCGCACCGACGCCCCAUCGAUCUGAAGGUCAUUGGCCGGCUGCCCAUCGCCAUGAGAGCUCUUACUAACUACCUGAAGCUCCGCGAGGCCUUUAACGUCCAGAAGAGGCCUCAAGGCUCUCAUCCUCAGGGAUCACGGUGGAUCUGGGCGGCCCUGCGCCAGGCCUUCGGAAGACCCCUAAUUCUCAGCAUUACUUACCGUUUUAUGGCGGAUCUUCUUGGCUUUGCCGGCCCCCUGUGCAUCUCAGGCAUCGUGCACCAUCUCAGUAAAGAGAACAACACCAUUCAAGCACCAGUGCAGCAUCUUGGAAUCUAUUUCAUCUCCUCCCGGGAGUUUCUCGCCAAUGCAUAUGUUCUAGCAGUGCUUCUGUUCUUCACUCUACUGCUCCAGAGAACGUUCCUCCAAGCAUCCUACUAUGUUGCCAUUGAGACUGGAAUCAACCUUAGAGGAGCCAUACAGACCAAGAUCUUCAAUAAGAUCAUGCGCCUCUGCAUCUCCAACAUGUCUAUGGGAGGAAUGACAGUGGGGCAGAUUUGCAACCUUGUCGCCAUAGACACCAAUCAACUGAUGUGGUUUUUCUUCCUGUGCCCCAACCUGUUUGCAAUGCCGGUUCAGAUCAUAGUCGGGAUCAUCCUCCUUUACUACCUCCUGGGAAUAAGUGCCAUGAUAGGGGCCACGGUCAUCACCCUCCUGGCUCCUGUGCAGUACUUUGUGGCAACCAAGCUAUCAGAAGCACAGAAAAGCACACUUGAUUAUUCCAGCGAGCGUCUGAGGAAGACCAAUGAAUUGCUCCGGGGUAUCAAACUAUUGAAGCUGUACGCCUGGGAGAACAUCUUCUGUUCAAGUGUGGAGGAGAUCCGGGCAAAGGAGCUGACCAGCCUACAGACCUUCGCUCUCUACACUUCCAUAUCCAUAUUUAUGAACACAGCCAUUCCCAUUGCUGCAGUACUCACUACUUUUGUGGCUCAUGUGCACCUGUCUGAUGAUGCAGACCUGUCCCCCGCUGUAGCCUUUGCCUCUCUCUCACUCUUUCAUAUCCUGGUUACUCCUCUGUUCCUGCUGUCCAGUGUCGUGCGCUCCACCGUCAAAGCCCUGGUCAGUGUGCAGAAGCUGAGCGAGUUUUUCUCCUGUGAUGAGAUCGGAGUUGAACAGGAGCCCAAAGCAACAAUUUUACCCAACUCAACCAAUCACGCCUGGUAUCAGGCCCUGCCUCUGAAGGUUGUGAACCGCAAGCAUCCGGUCAGAGAGGACUGGAACAGCUUUGGGAUUCAGAGCGAUCAGGAGGACGAGCCUCUGGCUGUGGAGGAUGAAGAUAUCUGCAUUAAGAUAACAAAUGGUUAUUUCAGCUGGACUGAUGGAGCCUCAACAUUAUCCAAUGUGGAAAUAAAGAUUCCUUUCGGUCAGUUGACUAUGAUAGUCGGCCAGGUGGGUUGUGGGAAAUCAUCUUUGUUGCUGGCAGCACUGGGUGAAAUGCAAAAGAUUUCUGGCACUGUGACAUGGAACAAGCCACCUACUCUGGAUGAAGAGGGAAAUGAAAGCCCAUCUGAUGCGGCUGGAGACGGAGAAAUCAGGAAAAGAGGUGCUGUGGCAUACGUAUCCCAGAAGCCUUGGCUGCUCAACACCACGCUAGCCGAGAACAUCACCUUUGAGAUGCCAUUAAUAAAGCAAAGAUACAGAGCUGUGAUUGAAGCGUGUUCUCUCCAGCCGGACAUUGACAUCCUGCCCCAAGGGGACCAGACGGUCAUCGGAGAGCGGGGUAUUAUUCUUUCCGGAGGCCAGAGGCAGAGGAUCAGUGUGGCUCGAGCUCUUUAUCAAACCACCAAUGUGGUGUUUCUGGAUGAUCCGUUCUCAGCGCUGGAUAUCCACCUGAGUGAUCACCUGAUGCAGGAGGGCAUCCUCAAACUGUUGAGAGAGGAGAAGAGAACAGUAGUGCUCGUAACACAUAAGCUCCAGUAUCUCCCUCAUGCAGACUGGAUCAUUGCUAUGAAGGAUGGCGGCAUACAGACAGAAGGAACCCUGAAGGACAUCCAGAACUCUCAGCCUGAACUCUUUGAGCAGUGGAAGACUUUGAUGCACAGACAGGAUCGAGAGUUUGAGAAGGAAACAGUAGAUGAUAAUACUACAGUGUUGGAAAGGAAGAACCUGAGGCGAGCCAUGUACUCCAGAGAAGCCCUGAAAUCUGAGGAGGAGGAGGAGGAUGAGGAAUCCGGGGAGAGCGAUGAUGAAGACAACCUGUCACGUGUAAUGAGACACAGAGCCACUAUCCCCUGGAGAUCCUGUGGGACAUAUCUGAGCUCUGCAGGCCUCCUGCUGCUCCUCCUGCUCCUGCUGUCCCAGCUCCUCAAACACUCCCUGAUGGUGGCCAUUGACUAUUGGCUCGCACACUGGACGUCCAAAGUCAUCACAGCCAAGAUCGAGGCAGUCUCGCGCAACUGCUCCUCAGUCCAGGACGUGGGUUUCAGUCACUCAUCAUAUCUGCUGGUGUUCAGCGUGCUGUGCUGUCUGGGAAUCGUGCUGUGUUUGGCCACGUCUGUGGCUGUGGAGUGGACGGGUCUCCGCGCGGCCAAACAUUUACAUCACAGCCUUCUCAAUAACAUUAUACUUGCCCCAAUGAGGCUCUUUGAAACGACACCAUUGGGAAGCAUAUUAAAUCGCUUCUCCUCCGAUACAAAUGUAAUAGAUCAGCAUAUUCCUGCGACUCUUGAGUGUUUAAGUCGCUCUACGCUGUUGUGUGUGUCAGCGCUUGGUGUGAUCUCAUACGUGACGCCGGUUUUUCUCAUCGUUUUGGCACCGCUAGCCAUCGCCUGUUACUUCAUCCAGAAAUACUUCAGAGUCGCAUCCAAAGAUCUCCAGCAAUUAGAAGACAGCACACAGCUUCCUCUUCUGUCACACUUCUCUGAGACCGUAGAAGGGCUCACAACCAUCCGAGCUUUCAGGUAUGAGGCUAGAUUCAGACAGAAGCUCCUAAAGUUCAGCGAUGCCAAUAACAUGGCCUCUCUCUUCCUCACGGCGGCUAACCGCUGGCUGGAGGUUCGAAUGGAAUAUAUUGGGGCCUGUAUAGUCCUGAUAGCAGCUGUGGCUUCAAUUACCAAUUCACUGUUCAAUCAUCUGUCAACUGGACUGGUGGGGCUGGGACUCACAUACGCCCUAAUGGUGUCCAACUACUUGAACUGGAUGGUGCGUAAUCUGGCAGAUAUGGAGGUGCAGCUUGGAGCUGUGAAGAGAAUAAAAGCUCUGCUGAAGACAGAACCUGAAAACUAUGAGGGUUUGCUGUCUGCUUAUCAUGUUCCAGAAGGUUGGCCUCAGCAGGGCGAGAUCCAGAUUCAGAAUCUGAGCGUAAGGUACGACAGCACCUUAAAGCCUGUCCUCAAGAACGUCAAUGCUCACAUCAGACCAGGACAAAAGGUUGGAAUCUGUGGUAGAACAGGAAGUGGAAAGUCAUCUUUCUCAUUAGCUUUCUUCCGGAUGGUGGAUACAUUUGAGGGGCAAAUAAUCAUUGAUGACAUCGAUAUAGCAAAACUGCCACUUCAGACGCUGAGAUCUCGCUUCUCUAUUAUUCUCCAAGAUCCCUUUUUAUUCAGCGGAACCAUUCGUUUUAAUCUCGACCCAGAAAUGAAAGCUACAGACAGUAUGCUGUGGGAAGCGUUAGAAAUCGCACAACUCAAACCUGUGGUCAAAACUCUAACUGGAGGACUUGAUGCAAUAAUAACUGAAGGCGGGGAGAACUUUAGCCAGGGGCAGCGUCAGCUGUUCUGCCUGGCGCGGGCAUUUGUGCGGAAGAGCAGUAUUCUGAUCAUGGACGAGGCCACUGCGUCUAUAGACAUGGCUACGGAGAGCAUUCUUCAAAAAGUUGUAAUGACUGCCUUUUCCGACAGGACUGUGGUCACUAUAGCGCAUCGCGUACACACCAUCCUGAAUGCAGACCAGGUGAUUGUGAUGAAGAGGGGCGUCAUUCUGGAGUAUGACAAACCCGAGGUUCUCCUCAAUCAAGAGGACAGCGUGUUCGCUUCAUUCGUGCUAGCGGACAAAUGAGCCAGAGGAGCCAACUGUUGAAAGUGCAAUUGUAUGAAGGAAUAAAUAUUUAUUACUGCUAUCAUCAUUAUCAUAUUUGUACAUAAAACGUUUAUCAUUUAUUAAUAAAAAAGUAAUAAUCAGA